CGCUCGGGGCACUCCUCCUGCCAGCGGCGGCCCGAGCUGCCCCCCGGCCCCGCCGGCGCCUGCAGCAUGGACUCGGACUCCGCGGAGCUCAGCGAAGGCGAGCUGGUCUCGCCCGCAGGUCCUGAUUAUUUCAGCUCCAAGAAUCUUGCACUGCAAGCCCAGAAAAAGAUCCUGAGCAAAAUGGCAACCAAAACCAUGGCUAACAUGCUGAUCGAUGACACAAGCAGUGAAAUCUUUGAUGAGCUGUACAAAGUAACAAAGGAACACACCAGAAACAAAAAGGAAGCCCAUAAAAUCAUGAAAGACCUGAUCAAAGUGGCAAUAAAAAUCGGGAUCCUCUAUCGAAAUAAUCAGUUCAACCAGGAAGAGCUGGAGAUCGUGGACAAGUUCAGGAAGAAGCUGAACCAAACUGCCAUGACAAUCGUUAGCUUCUACGAGGUGGAGUACACUUUUGACAGGAAUGUGCUCGCAGAACUGCUGAAUGAGUGCAAAGAGCUCGUGCACGAACUCGUAGGGCGACACCUGACAGCGCGGUCCCACGGGCGCAUCAACCACGUCUUCAACCACUUUGCGGACGUGGAGUUUCUGUCUGCCCUGUACAGCCUGGACGGCGACUGUCGGCCAUACCUCAAAAAGAUCUGCAACGGCAUCAACAAACUGCUUGAUGAGAAGGUUCUUUGAAACUGCGCUCAAAAGGCAAGAAACCAACCAAAAACUUGUCUCUAGAACUGGCCACCCUUCCUAAGCCAUGGUAGGCAAGCAAGCUUCCUUCCCAUCAGUCUUACUACAGUCCCCAGCAGGGCCCAAGAAGGUGCUCACCAGGCUCAUGAUGAAGUGGAAAACUUAAAUCAGAAAGCUAUCGAUUUUAAUGUUUUGUUCAGAUAAUUCAGUCUUUUUCAAGGAGCAGACUGAACAAGGCUGCUGACGUGUAUUGUUCAGACACAGAUUGCUACUCACCAUGAUCUUGCUAGCUUUGUGUUCAAGGCUGAACAUGUGAACAGAAAGUAAACUCAGAUGCAUGGCUAUGUAAAAAUAGACAGAUGAAGGCAAGAGCAAUGCAUGGAAUUUACCCCCAAGGCCCUUGGAGUGUGUAUUUUUAUUAUUUCCAGGCUAAGUGAAAAAGCUUUGACAGAAGGUAGGGCUUUGACGGAUUAAGUUCAUUCCUUUCAAAAGGAUCAGGAAUCAAUAUGAGAAAACAUUUCUGAUUUUACAUGGUAUAUAAAUCUAAUGAGAGUAACAAAUCAUACAAACUGAAGCAGGAGAAAAUCUAAAGAUCUGCUCUAUGAAGCAAGUUUCAUCAGUUUAGCUUUAUACCUGCUAAUGGAGAGAAGGUUUCAUUUUGAUUUGAAAAGCAGCUCAGUGGUUCAAGCUCAAAGGUAGAUGAAGUAGUACAGCAGCUCCCCCGCUCUCAGGGCUUGUAUAUUGGGUAACAGCAGGUGAGUUCAGACUGAAGGUUGUGCUGCUCUUACUGUUCUGCCUGACAGAACAAAAUACUCUUUGUGAAGAGUUGAAAUUGUCCUUGUGAGGAGCAGCACGCCUGAGACACCAACACUUACACCCCGAUCCUCAAAGUAUUCAGCCUAAAUAAGACUCCUGGUUUAAUAUACCCAUUACAUUUGUGCCUACAGUAAAUCAGAGGUGGGAUACAAUUCAUCCCACCCAUCCACUAUUUGUGCAGUGCCUCCAAGUGUAGCAUAUCCACAGCAGUCAAAAGAGAACAGCCUUAGUGACUCUGGUGAGUUUCUGGAGUGACUUCUUGUUCAGAAUGUUUUCAGCGAAUUUUCUGGGUUUUUUUGAAACAAAAUAUAGUGAUAUCUCCAAACAGAAAACAUUUUGCCAAGAAAGAGCGGGUUUUGUAGAGUCUUGGUUGGACCCAGGGAGUGUGGGAGCAGAGUGGAUGCUCUGGCUGCCACCUGCAGAACCUGGGUAGGUGCAGACUGACCCAGAGUGAAAAACACAUGCUCAGAAAUCUCUCCUCUCCUUGUCCUCUCUCUCCACCUUAUCCUCCAGACUCAUCUCUAUCUCCCGACAUUGCAGUACCCUCUCCUUUCGGCUGACACAGAGAGCAGACAGUGCCAUCAUCUGGGGGUAAUACCUUCCAUAUCGUGUAUGCUAUAAUAGAGAUGAGUGUAUCUGAAAGUUCACAAAGACAAGAAAAUAUAUUUGAAAGCCAUUCCUCUCUAAGGGAAGCUUACACAUUGAUCACUCAUUACUUUAGGGUAAGAAAAAAAGUUUCUCCAAUAAAUUCUUGAAUACUAUGGUAUUAAGAGAAAACUGUUCAAAAUUCUUACUAUCCUGUCUUUCCUCACCCCAGAGUAACUAUAUUUUAUCUCUUGCAACAACAGUUGUUACUGUCAUACCUUUAUACAGCUGAGAGUACCCAGGUCAUGUACUCACACAGAUGAAUUUUUACCUGUUCCCAGGAGAACUCAUUCGAAGCACAGUAAAAAUGAGACAUUGGCAGAACAGUUUUUAAUGGUGUAAAUUUGCCUCAUGUAUCUCCUUUAACCAUCAAAAGUAGAUUUAGUCACAAUGAAGAUGGAAAACUCCUUUGCAACAGAGAAAUGAGACAGCAACGUUUGGGGUUGCAAGUUCAGCCAGUUGCAGAGCCAUAUUUACCUGCAUCAUUACCUGCAUUUCUUCCAGGCAUGUACUUGUCAACUGAUGCUUUUGAACAGUAUUUCUUGUAUCCAGUGCUCCUGUCCCAGUGCACAUGUCAGAUUUUUGUGUGUUUCAUUUGUGGCAAAAAAAUUUAGGUUCUUCUUUUAAAGCCAGAAAAAAUUAUUCAAGACGUCUAAAGGAAAGGCAUAUCCUGUAUUUGUGACUUUUUGUGUGUUUCAAGUAUCAAUAUUCAGACUCUGGUAUUUUAAACACACCAGCUGUUGUUUUAUUUAAAAAUAAUCUGAGUAGCCUUAAGGAAAGAUAUGUUUUCAAGUACUUCUCAUACUUGCAUAUCCUGUAUAUUCAUUGUUUACUUUUGUACUUGUAACUUGGUAUGUAACAACAUUGCUAAAAUAUGGGCAAUGUUCAGGUCACCUUAAAUAUAUUAUGUAUUAUCACAUUUGUGGAUUAAAAUUGUGUGAUUACUGCC